AUGGCAGACGUGCGCUCGCUCCUGCGUAAUGAGCGCGCAUCGCGCAGAAUCAACCACCCUCACGCAACUUACUCGGACUCUGGCAAGCUGCUAUGUGCCGUCUGCAACCUUCAGAUCAAGACCGAGUCGUUAUGGGACAAUCACGUCAAGUCACCGCAACAUACCGCGCGACUGGAAUACUUGCGCGCAAACCCUCCACCACCCACAGCCGCGCCACAGACCAAGAAGCGCAAGGCCGGUGAAAGCGAUGAUGAGGGCAGGAAAAGGGUCAAGGCUGUCCCUGGUGGCUUUGUGCCCGAAGGGUUCUUUGAUGCCGCCCAAGAGGACGAGGACCAGCAUGAAGUUGACGACGCAAACACACCAACUGCUCCAUCAAUACCAGACGCUGCAUCCGCCGAAGCGCACACGACACAACCCACCGCACCUGCACCGCCCCCUGCGCCAGAUGUCGAUGAAGACGAAUGGGCCGCUUUCGAGCGUGAGAUGGCUGCUACCCAACAAAAUGCCUUGCCCAUCAUCAGCGCAUCUGCCACCAUCUCGGCCGCCCCUGUCUCGGCCGAGGAGCUAGCUGCCCAGGCUCGCGAGGAACAGAGCGCUCAGCGUACCGCAAGAGAAGCCGAAAUAGAGGCUGAUACUGAGGAUGCUGCGCUUGCCAUGCAACAAGAGUUCGAUGAAAUGGAAGAGUUGGACGAGAGGAUGCUCCUGCUUCGAUACCAGAAGCAGUGA